AUGACUAGGGGUUCUCCUCAUCGAUCGCACAAAAAACAUCGUCACAAGAAUCGUGAUAGGUCUCGUUCUCCCUUGGACCAGAUUACUGAUAGGAUUGCUACCAGGAGAGAUGAUCAAUCACCUAGUGAUACUGGAGGCACUGGUGUUGAUAUUUCUCUCUCAGUUGCGGAAACAAAUGCCUUGCGGGCUAAAUUGGGUCUUGCUCCUCUGGAUGCUGAUGAUACUUCAAAACCAGAACGAGCAGUAGAUAAUCAAGCCGAUUGCUACGUCCAUGCACCAGCUAAAGAUAUCAGAAAAAUAAGGGAAUCAGAAGCAAUCAAAGAAAAGCUAAAUGUCUUGAAAGAGAAAAGGUCAUUGUUAGAUAAAAUUGGGCAGGAAAAACUAUCCACGCCUUCUGCAUGUGAAUCGGAUGUUCAAUCAUGGGUUGAGAAAAUGCGUGAGAAAGAACGAAUUCAGAAACAAGCCGAAGAAAGAGCAAAGCUUUUGUCUGAGAUUGACGAUCAGUUGGCUGUUUCUGAGUUUGUAGAGUCACGGUUGAUUCAAAAUGGUAAAAAGUACAAACCCAAUGAUUUGGCCGGUCUUCGCGUUGAACACAGCUCAUCCCGUUUUGUUGACGGUCAAUCAGUUAUCUUGACUAUUAAAGACUCAGGUGUUUUGGAUGAAUCUGAAGACGUUUUAGUGAAUGUAAAUAUAAUUGAUGAUGAAAAAGCUGACGUCAAUAGAGAAAACAUAAGAAAGACUACCGGUCUGGCAGGAAUUGAAGACGAAGUGGAUGAGGAUGUACUUCUUGGUUUACGCUCUAAAGCUGUUCUAAGCAAGUAUGAUUCAGAGAUUAAUGGCAUUAAAAAAGACCACUUUGUUAUUAAUUCUGAUGGCUCUUAUAAUACAGAGAAUGAGCGUUUAUUGAAACAACUACAAGCUGAACUGAAAGAAGGACGACAAUCGUUGCCUGAUACUGAGCUUCGUAUAGCUUCUGAGUACUACAGUACGGAAGAAAUGGCUGCAAAAUUUAAAAAGCGUAAACGUCGUAUCAAAACUAUUCGUCAAGCACUGACUGCUGAUGAACUUUUGAGUGAAUUGCCAGAACAAUCAGGGUCUUCUGAUUUAGGAAGCCGUUCAACAGUUAGAGAAAAACGCUUAAAUAGUAACAUCCCAUCUGCAAAUGACACGUUUCCGGCUGAAGAAUUUUCUGCACAAAUAAUAGAUGUCAAAGAUAGUUACGAAGAAUAUUGGUCUGCAGCAGAUCAUAUCGAUGAACCAGAUGAGUUGAGAAGUGAAUUAGAGAAAACUAUAGGGCGAGUCGUGCAAUCGAAGUCACGGGUUGUUUCUAAACCGGAAGAAAUUACAUCACAACUCUUAGCAAAAAAUAUAGCUACUCAUUCAUCCGAAUCCGUGUCACAGUCACUUGCGUCUGAUACAUUGACAAAUAAUAGCAAAAAAGACAAAAUUGUGUUCGACUCUACUGCAGAAUUUUAUAAGUCAAGUGGUAUUGGUUUUCAAGAAAACGAUCGAUGGCAGACUGUCGGUAAUGAUAUUCUUGGGAAUUCAACUCGAACAGUACCGAGACCAACAGUCAAAAAAUCUGGGCAGGAACAUUUUAAAGCAGAAAAUACUGAUAUACAUGGAGUUUUAGAUGAUGAACCACGUCUGGAUUCAGGAGUAUUUUCAGCCAUUCGGUUGGCUGAGAAAAAAGGUUAUAUUGAUAAAGAAAAAGAGAAACGAACUGGUUCAGGAACUAUGGUCAAUCUAAUGGCUAAACACUUUGUCCAAGAAGAUAUACGCUAUGAUGAUAUUGAUGCGAAAUUUUACAAACGUGAUCGUUACUCUGGUCCAUUAUCAGAUUUUAAAGAGUUAACGCAAUAUAAACCGGAUAUUAAAUUAGAAUACGUUGAUGAACUAGGACGCGAUUUAAGUGCUAAAGAAGCUUUUCGUCAAUUAAGUCAUAAAUUUCAUGGAAAGGGUUCCGGUAAGAAUAAAACACAAAAUCGUAUGAAAAAAAUCAAUGAAGAGUUUCUUCUUAAAGCCAGCACCAGUUCAGAUACUCCACUGGGAACAGUUAACAAACUGAAUAAAAAAACUAGAAGCAAUGUCAAUGCCUUAUGUAAUUUUGAGUGGAAAAAAUGCAGCUGUAAAGAAGCUGACGAAAUAGUUAACAGCAAUAGUAAACAACAAUUUGGAUGUCAUAUUCCAUAG